GCGGCGCGGCUCGUUCAAGAUGGCGGAGCUCGACCAGUUGCCUGACGAGAAUGCGUUGUUUUGACCUGCUCUCUCAUGACUAGUCCUUGACAAGUUACCUCCUCAGAGAAGCCUUCCUUAACCACCCUAUAGAAGGCUCUUCAGCAAAAGCCCUUGUCAGUUUAAAAGAGGGAAGCUUAUCUAACACAUGGAAUGAAAAAUACAGCUCUUUACAAAAAACACCUGUUUGGAAAGGCAGAAAUACAGGCUCUGCUGUGGAGAUGCCAUCCAGAAAUUCAAAACGAAGUCGACUAUUUUCUGAUGAAGAUGAUAGACAAAUAAAUACAAGGUCACCUAAAAGAAACCAGAGGGUUGCGAUGGUUCCUCAGAAAUUUACGGCAACAAUGUCAACACCAGAUAAGAAAGCCUCACAGAAGAUUGGUUUUCGAUUACGUAACCUGCUAAAGCUCCCCAAAGCACAUAAAUGGUGCAUAUAUGAGUGGUUCUACUCAAAUAUAGACAAACCACUUUUUGAAGGUGACAAUGACUUCUGUGUGUGUCUAAAGGAAUCUUUUCCUAAUUUAAAAACAAGAAAGUUAACAAGAGUAGAGUGGGGAAAAAUCAGACGGCUUAUGGGAAAACCAAGGAGAUGUUCUUCUGCAUUUUUUGAGGAAGAGAGAUCAGCAUUAAAACAGAAACGGCAGAAAAUAAGGCUUUUACAACAAAGGAAAGUUGCAGAUGUUUCACAGUUCAAAGAUCUACCAGAUGAAAUUCCUUUGCCCCUGGUUAUUGGAACCAAAGUUACAGCACGAUUACGCGGUGUUCACGAUGGUCUGUUCACUGGACAAAUAGAUGCUGUGGAUACUCUUAAUGCUACUUACAGAGUAACUUUCGAUAGGGCAGGGCUUGGAACCCAUACCAUCCCUGACUAUGAAGUUCUCAGUAAUGAGCCUCAUGAAACAAUGCCCAUUGCUGCCUUUGGGCAAAAACAGCGGCCUUCUCGAUUUUUUAUGACUCCACCACGAUUACAUUAUACCCCUCCUCUCCAGUCACCAAUUGCAGAUAAUGAUCCUUUAUUAGGACAGUCACCUUGGAGAAGUAAAAUUUCUGGCUCUGACACUGAAACAUUAGGUGGUUUUCCAGUAGAAUUCCUUAUUCAAGUGACCAGAUUGUCAAAAAUUCUUAUGAUUAAAAAGGAACAUAUCAAGAAAUUAAGGGAAAUGAACACAGAAGCAGAAAAAUUGAAAUCAUAUUCCAUGCCCAUUGGCAUAGAAUUUCAGCGGAGAUAUGCAACAAUUGUUCUGGAGCUUGAACAACUGAACAAGGACUUAAACAAAGUUUUGCAUAAAGUUCAGCAGUACUGCUAUGAGCUUGCUCCAGACCAGGGGCUUCAGCCUGCAGACCAGCCAACAAACAUGAGGCGAAGGUGUGAGGAAGAAGCCCAGGAAAUUGUUCGGCAUGCCAACUCCUCAACAGGACAGCCUUGUGUUGAAAAUGAAAAUUUGACUGGCUUAAUUUCCAGGCUUACAGCUAUUUUAUUACAAAUUAAGUGUCUAGCAGAAGGAGGAGACCUGAAUUCCUUUGAAUUCAAAUCACUUACAGAUUCAUUAAAUGAUAUCAAGAGUACAAUAGAUGCUUCUAAUAUCAGUUGUUUUCAGAAUAAUGUAGAAAUUCAUGUUGCACAUAUUCAGAGUGGCCUGAGCCAGAUGGGAAACUUACACGCCUUUGCAGCAAAUAACACCAACAGAGACUGAGUAGAUGUAAUUAAUUCCAACUGCAUAGGAUAUUGUUUUUGAGAAGUUAUUUUCCUUAUAUAGGCUUCCAACACCAAAUAAUCUAACUGCUGGAAAACAAAGGAAAUUUAAAUCUCCAAAUAAGGCAUUUUAAUAUACUCUACUGCUUCUUAAACCAGCAUUGCUCAGCAGCAUUAUAUUUAUUUUUCUUUGUUAUUCAGCCACAGUAGCAUUGCUUAUGUUACAUAUGCUUUUAGCAAGUAUUUUUAAACUGAAAAUGUCUGAACAUUAUAGAAUUUCAUGGAAGAAUAUGUUGACCAUUUUUUAAUGUGCAUGAAUUCAUCCUAAGACUUGUAGACAACUAUUGCAAUGGAGAACAUGAAGAAACUUGGUCUUUUUGUGCAUAUAUGUGGCAAUGUGGGAAGUCCAUCUAGAAAAUUACAACUCAAGUUCACUUAGUUGAUAAGCAUCUGUCUUCAAAAGAUAACAUCAUGAGCUACAGAAGUCCUUGUUUGAAGGAGGGCACUGGGAUAUAGAUGGGAAGUUAUGGACUUUACAAGUAUAUAUGACAUAUACUUGCAGUGUGACAUGGUUCUAUAGAUCAUUUUAUAAUAAUAAAUGUUUUAAUUUAUCAUAAUUUAUAAAAGAAGCCUUUGUUGUUUGUCUGUUGAAAGAAAAUGAAGGAGCAGGAAAAAACAUAACUUGCAAAAUGCUAAAUUUCAGCAGGUGGAUUUGGCAUGUCUCCCUUCAGUUCAGGGCAAAAAGUGCUAUUGUUAGGAGAUUCAUU